GCGGCUUUUGGAGGGCGAGAGAUGUCCCAUGACUGCGGACGAAUGCACUGCGUGCGCUACAUUUCCUCUCUUUUUGGUCCAGCGACCAAGAGUCGCUCUGCUUAUCGCCCAUCGCUCAUCAUUGAGUGCAUCCCAUCCGUGCCGUGUCGCCUAUUCAUGCUUCUGACCGUUCGUCUCUCGUGCUGCUGCACCCCGUCGUUUGCUCCAUAUCUUUUCUACGAAUAUGCGGGUGUAGUACCGUACAGAGACUCCGUAACUUCAUCUGACCUCGACGCAAGUACGAUGUACUCCUUAGCUUACCUUGUCGGUACUUGGUUGCAGGCCUCCAGGCCCGCCUGUGCCCUGCUUCCCUGCCUUGUACCUACUUGAACGGUCGAUCGAAUCACUGUCCAGGCCUACACCAGAGAUGAGCAGACGGACAGCCGCAUCACUUCUUCAUCCUCCCGGGGGUAGUACCAGCUCGAUUCAGAUGCAUAUCCCCAGCAGAACCAUAAUCGACGGCGCAGAAUAGAAGAGAGAAAAGGAGAGAGAGGGAAAAGGAGAAAGAGGGAGAGAGAGAUGUGGUGUGUGUGUGUGUGUGUGUGUGUGUGUGAAAGAGAUCUGUGAGACAGGUGGAGAGGAUUGAAAGACAAGAGUGAAGGAACACCAUCUAUCCGUACCUACCUAGAGGCAAGGUACCUAGGUAGGGAAAAGGAUCCACACACGCUCGACACGGCCACCGCCACCCCGGCGCAUUUUUCAAUACUGUAGUCCUAAUUCUGGCCUGUCCCGUCCUGGCCAGUUUCCCCUUCGGCAUGUACCCUCACUCUCUCCCAUAAUUCAACACCCCCGGCCGACCAUCAUUUCCUUUCGACCCUGCUGUUUUACUGGUCCGCGCAAAGCAACCCCCCUGGAGCUUGCAUUCCCCUUCCGUCUGGAACUAGACAACCACACACACACACACUCACACACCUCUCUCUUUCCUCCUCUCCACCGACUCCCGCUCAAUUUCAAUUCCAACCCUCAACCCUCAUCCAACGACCGACGACCACUACCUCCUCCCGAUCCGACCUCCUCGCCUACCACCAUUCGCCAUCACCACCCGCCGCCUCCACCACCAGCAGCCACUCCUCUCUCUCCGCCAUCCCAUUGAUCGAGGUCGCGAGUCCACGACGAUGAAUUCUCAAGGCCCCAACGAUGUAUCGCCUGAGGCGAUGCAGGCGCGCAUCCAACAGGCGCGACGCGAGGCUGAGACACUGAAAGAUAGGAUCAAGCGGAAGAAGGAUGAGCUCGCUGACACUACUCUUCGCACCGUCGCCCAGCAGGCCCACGAGCCGAUCCCCAAGAACCAGCUGAUGAAGGCUAAGCGCACUCUCAAGGGGCAUCUGGCCAAGAUCUACGCCAUGCACUGGUCCACCGACAGAAGACAUCUCGUCUCGGCCUCGCAAGACGGAAAGCUCAUCAUUUGGGAUGCCUACACGACGAACAAGGUCCAUGCCAUUCCCCUGCGUUCCUCGUGGGUCAUGACCUGCGCCUACGCCCCCAGCGGUAACUACGUCGCCUGUGGCGGUCUCGACAAUAUUUGCUCGAUUUAUAACCUCAAUCAGCAAAGGGAGGGACCGACCCGUGUCGCGAGAGAGCUUUCGGGCCACGCUGGGUACCUUUCAUGCUGUCGCUUCAUCAACGACCGGAGCAUCCUUACGUCCUCAGGUGAUAUGACUUGCAUGAAAUGGGAUAUUGAAACGGGCCAAAAGGUUACCGAGUUCGCCGACCACCUCGGCGACGUGAUGAGCAUCAGCCUCAACCCCACCAAUUCCAACACAUUCAUUUCCGGUGCCUGUGACGCCUUCGCCAAGCUGUGGGAUAUCCGCGCCGGCAAGGCCGUUCAGACGUUCGCUGGCCACGAGUCAGACAUCAACGCCAUCCAGUUUUUCCCCGACGGCCACUCGUUUGUCACCGGCUCUGACGACGCAACCUGCCGCCUCUUCGAUAUUCGUGCCGAUCGCGAACUGAACCUCUACGGCUCGGAAUCCAUUCUUUGUGGCAUUACCUCCGUGGCAACCUCGGUAUCCGGACGGUUAUUGUUUGCCGGUUACGAUGACUUUGAGUGCAAGGUUUGGGAUGUGACGCGUGGUGAAAAGGUUGGCUCACUUGUCGGCCACGAGAACAGAGUCAGCUGUUUGGGCGUUAGCAACGAUGGUAUCAGUUUGUGCACAGGUUCAUGGGACUCGCUCCUGAAAAUCUGGGCAUACUAAGCCAUCAGCCCGACGACGACAACGACGACGAAGUCCUGUCUGGAUAUACCAGUUCCAGUACGCGCGAAACCAUUUUAAUCUUCUGUCGAGUGGUUUUAUGGCCAACUUAAUUUUCGAAUCCCUGAUGCUGCCCUUAUUUAAUCCGCGAGUACUGGCGGCAUUCAGGACGAAGUCACGACACACCUGCUUAUACCAAAGCUCACUUUUCAUCGUCUAUCAACCCAGCUGGAGCCGCCCUUUUACCAGCAUAGGCGGCUGUGGGAACUAUACAGGGUCUCUUUUUCUCUUGCCUUGCCAGCCAUUACCCCCAUCAUUCACGAAUCUUUUGCACAAUAGUUUUCUCUCUGGGACUCGCUCUGGCACCUUGUUGUUAGAUCGGGCGGUCUGUAACACACAUUGAUGGUUUUCCCACAUGUGGCCUUUCCCGAGUCAUGCCUACUUCACACCACCCGCAACGUCUGCGACCGGAUCCGGAUACGACUAGGACCGCCAAAGAGGGAACGGAAUCGAGGCAUAUUGAUACCCUACCGAAAUCCAACCCCAAAAGCAUAGACAAGCAAGCACACGAUUCCGACACCGACUUCACCUCGCGCAAAACGGCUCAAGGAGGAAAUGGAUACAAACUUGCAGCAGGAGUUUUUUUUUCUUCCUUUUUCCUUCUCUUUCUAAUACCAUGGAAAAGAGGUUUUCCGUCGCCCGAUAAAUCCCUCGUCGCAAUUUCGUCCUCGUAAAAAAAAAAAUCACACGUGCGCCCGCCACAUCGCGCGUUUCCUUAUUUCCUCGAUUCCGCCGUUGGAGUGUUGGCUCUGGUAGACAAAGCGCCGCAUAUCCUGCCCCUAUUAUCCAAGGCGACGCGAAUACCGACGAAGUACAGCUGUGGUGAGCCCGGUUGGCCUGGUAGAGACUGGUAGAGAAGAGGAAAAGAAGUGGGCUAGUGGAGAAGGCGGUUGAUUUGUUUAUGGCGGCAAGUUGUCGUUUUCUCAACCAGGUGGAAUGGAGUCGGUAACAGGUGGCAAAUGCCACGAAAGCCUCCAUUGCCUCGGGGACGGGGAGGCAUUGUGUUGAUCCCGGACGAUGUGGGGAGAGUGGGUUGCACGAGGAAAAGGGGAGACGUCGACCAAGGCCGCUGAAAGAACGAAGAUAUAUGCGUUGAAUGGUUGAUGGAGGUGAUGACGAUGUUUUUUUGUCUCUCUCGCGUGGACGCCCGCCUGAAGCCUUCCUUUCCUCUUAUACCUACUUGUUGCCUGUAUUAUAGUUCGCGGUCAAUGCUUGUUCAUCCUCUGUUCAA